AUGUUGGCCCAGCAGAGGAGCUCGAGAGCUGACCAAAUCAUUCAGAACUUUUACACAAAAGUAGCGCAGAUAAUCACUCAAGCGCGUCUAAUAGAAUAUGAUAAUAAUAACCCGAACCAGAGGAGAGCCAACAGAUGGUUUAACCUCGAACUGGAAGAUUCGGACAUAUACAGAGAAGAUAUCAAAUACUGGCGCACGACCGCCGUGUCGUCUCAGAGCCCGCCACAGCCCAUGGUGAUCCAAUUUUAUUUGGACAUUUCAGACUUGGCUCAGGAUCAAAUUCUUGUUCUGGCCGAUGAAUUUUAUGGAAGGCAUCGUGUUACCGUGGAAGAGAUCGAUGAGUAUAGUAAAAGGAGGAGAAAGGACAGGAUCAUGUUGGAGAGUUGGACGUUGACUUUGAGGUUCGUUUCGAAGAGUUAUAAGAUGGAGAAAUGUGGAAAUAACGCGGGAAGAGAGGGUGUUGGGAAGGUUUUGGUAGAUCCUCCAAUACCCGAUUCACAAGCAGAAUUACCCAUAGUAUACAAAAAAUCCAUAACCUUCUUCCGUUCACUGUACUCGUAUGUGAGAUUACUACCAAUGUACGGACUAUUCAAAAGACUAUCGAUGAAACUGACACAGUCUUUGAAGAUUGGGCAUCGGUUUGUAUUGCCAAAUGCAAAUACCAGAGAUGACGUUGGCAUAGAUGUUCCAAUAAUAGACAAGAUAACCGGUCCAGUGACUUCGGAAUAUCAAUUUACUCCAAUUGAAACUCCGCUAGGUGUGUUCUCGCUUGAAGUGAUCUAUCGCAACAACUGCGACUUUUACAUCGACGAUGAUUCGGAAGCUGUGCUGAGUUCGACUCUGAUUUCUAUUGACGAACACUAUUUUUCGCCUACUAUGGCGAGAUAUUAUCGGCAAGACGACGAAGAGGAACAAAGGCAAAGUGAAAGAAGGAUCAGUUUGCCGACAAGAAUGAAUGCACCACCGUAUCUCUCAACGUCAGAAUCUCCUCGCAGCAUGGAUCCAAUGUUUGGCGGGGUACCGCUAGUGAGAACACGUAGUUCAUCAGCUUUGAGUCAAGAAGUAGAGACAAGCCAGCAUCCGGCCUUUAUAAGAAGUGCACAUCAUCAAAGACAGCCGAGCUACGGCUACGGAAGCGGGACUUCGGGUUUAUCACGCGAUGCGAGAAAAUUAUCGCAAGUUGAGGGUAGCCAGAUAAAGUCUGGGCAUCGAGAAACCCUACAUCCACAGGGCUCUCCGACAACCUCAAAUCGUCCAACUGUAACCAUGUUCAAUCCGUUCAAGGCUUUAUCCCUCUCUUCAUCCCCAACGUCACAUCCCCCCGAUAACCUGCCUUCGCCCACGAAUUCUGAUAGAGGUAUAUCCUCUUCACCGCUCUAUCGCUCUCCGUCUCAAGUGUCGUUAGGCCAGCGAUACUCGUCGUCGCCAUCUUCUGGCCGACCCUUGUCAAUAGUUAGUAAUUCGGGAGUUCCCCUGUCUUCGUCGGUGAAAUCAACGUCGUCGGGUAGUGGGAGUCCGAGUGGAAAUACGCUAAAGUUUUCGUCUAGUUUCAAGAAUCGGCAUGAAAGAUCGGGAAAUGUGUCGGGGAGCAGAGAUAAGGAUGGAACAAUUGGUGGGAGAAGACCGUCGAGAUCCAGUUUAUAUACUAACCGAAGCGAUGACACUAUCAGUGAGCGGGGAUCAUUUUCUUCGUCAUAUUGGCCGUUUCAAGAAGAAGACGAUCUCGGUGAUUUUGUGAGAAUGAUAGAAAGUAGGGGACCUCUCAAGAUGUUUAGUAGAAGUCCUACAAAAUCUGACGAAUCGAUGUCAGGAUCUAUCAUAAGAUCAAGGGCAAAAGCCCACAACAAUCUUUCCGAUGUUUUGUCAUCAAACACACUUCCGACUUCAUCAUCAUCGUCAUCUACACAAAUUCAUCCGCCAAACGACGGUGCACUCCUCCUGGGUUCUGGUGGGUCUUCCGUGUCCUCUUCGCUCUCAUCGGUAAACCGGUCGACGAGCCUUCACGAGAAAUACAAUAAUUCUUGA